GGAAAAAAGAAAAAAAAAUAGUUUUCCUCACGAAAAGAUUUAAGCAAUUUUAACAAUGAAGAUAGCAAUUGAAGGUUGCUGUCAUGGUCGUCUUGAUGAUAUUUAUGGAUCAAUUCGUCUUAUAGAACAACGAGAAAACUGUAAAAUAGAUCUUGUGUUGAUCUGUGGUGAUUUUCAAUCUAUCCGUAAUGAGGCAGAUCUGAAAAGUAUGGCUGUCCCAGAAAAAUAUAAAGAACUGGGCACCUUUUGGAAAUAUUAUUCAGGGAGAACACGAGCGCCCUACCCUACUAUCUUUAUUGGAGGUAAUCACGAAGCUAGCAAUUAUUUGUGGGAACUCUAUCAUGGAGGUUGGGUGUGUGAAAACAUAUAUUAUCUUGGCAAUGCCGGUGUUAUUAAUUUUGGUGGCCUAAGGAUUGGCGGUUUAUCCGGUAUUGAAAAGCUGCAUCAUUAUAAAAAGGGCCAUUACGAGAGAAUGCCUUAUAAUUCAAAUGAUGUUAGAAGUAUUUAUCAUGUACGAGAGUAUGAUGUGAAAAAGUUAUUACAAAUUCAAGAACAUUUAGAUAUCUUUUUAUCACAUGAUUGGCCAAAGAACGUCGAAAAAUUCGGCGACAUUGAACAUUUGAUGAAAAUAAAGCAAUAUUUUAUUGAUCAAAUCCUGACAAAUACACUUGGAAGUCAAGCUAAUAAAUUGCUCUUGACAAAACUAAAACCAGACUAUUGGUUUGCAGCCCAUUUACACGUACAUUAUGCAGCAAUUGUUGAUCAUGAAAUGUGGGAAAAGAAUGAGUAUCCACUUAAAACACAGGAAGUUCUAAAAGAUAAAGCACAUAAUUAUGGUCUUCAAUCAAGAAGUAGCUUUAGUGAAAUAAGCAAUGAUUUAGGAAAUAACCCUGAUGAAAUUGAAAUAGCGUUAGAUGAAGAAAUCGAAAAUGAUUCCACUGUAAUAAAUACAGCCACCCAUGAUUCAAGCAAUAAUUUGAAUGAAAGUAAAAUACAAACAAAUGAAGGGAACGUAUUAAACAAAAAAGACAAGACAAACGAUGAUAACCAAAAAAAAAGAAAGAUUACAAGAUUUUUAAGCUUAGAUAAAUGUUUACCUCGUAGAUCAUUUUUACAAAUCGUUGAUAUUCCUUCUGAAGAAGAUUCUUCAGAAAAAGGCUAUGAUUUCUAUUAUGACAUGGAAUGGCUGUCGAUUACAAGAGCAAUGCAUCCUUACUUUAGUAGUGAAUAUCAACAAAAACCAAUUCCUUCUGAUGAAGAGCUAAAGAUAUUAAUUGAGAAAGAGCGUAUUUAUUUAGAAGAAAAACGAGCAUCAGGCGCACUUGAUUUAAAAAUCCCUCAUAACUUUGAACCUACUGCACCUGCUUACAAUUCUAAUAACAAGUCCAAUAACGAACAUGUCUACUUGAAUCCACAAACAUUACAAUUCUGUAAAGAAAUUGAUAUUGAAAACAAGAUAAAUGUGGAUUGUAUUCCUGAACAAAUGAUGCCAAAAACAGAGGCUAAUAUUGAUAAUACAACGACUAUAAAUGAUCAGCCCGUCAAACGUGCAAAAAUAGAAGCUCAUUCAGAAAUUAUUAUUGAUGAAGAUGAAUUCCUAUAACUGUGACAAAAGUUUUUUCUUUAAAUAUGGCUACAUGAAUGAAUGGAUGUACAUAAUAUAUAUACAUAUAUGCUCAUAUACAUGUAUAUAACAAAUAAAUAUAUACCAUAACAAAAUGUAGUAGGUGUACUUGGUGAUAUACAAUAAUAAUUUCUAUAAAGUGAGUAGGACUCAUUUAGUUUUUUUUUUUAUAUGAGAUCAUGUCUUUUGACUCGUACUGAAACUUGCCAAUUGAUACUGUAAACGCCCUAUAAACACAGUUUACUUGAUUAAAU